UAGUCAGCCAAGUGUAUAUAAUUGAUAAUGAUAUUGAUAAUAAAACUGUUGAUCUGUUAUUCACAAAUUGAUGAGAAAAUUAAACAAAUAUUGUACCUAAGCCUGUAAAUCACAAGUUAUACUGUAUUUUACUUUUCUCAUUACUGUAUGAAUUCUUCACCAUUAUAUGUGCUUUGCUUUCUCAGUUUUAUCAAUAAUUAAUCAGUUGGUACUUGAGUUCCUGGUAUGUGUAGAAAUCAUUGAUACAUCUGCGGUCUGCCUUGAAAAGGCCAGGGUCGCUGGUAACCCGUGGCUGGUGACCUGUGGCCUGUGAGUUGUGACCGAAGAUGCAGAACUUCACCGGCGGCUCGGCGGCCGUGCCGGUCACCCAGGUGGAACUGACCCUGUCAUGUCGGCACCUGGCGGACAUGGACGUGUUCUCCAAGUCGGACCCGAUGGUGGUCGUCUCGGUGGCACCGUUCGGCUCGUCAGCACGCGACAGACGCUGGGACGAGUACAAGCGCACCGAGGUGGUGCAGGAUAACCUGAACCCCGACUUUGCCACCAAGGUGCCCAUCGCCUACCGGUUCGAGGAGCAGCAGUUUCUACGGUUCGACGUGUACGACGUGGACUCGUCGUCUGCCCGGCUGGAGGAGCACGACUUCCUGGGCCGGCGCGAGUGCACGCUCGGCGAGCUGGUGUCGGCGCGCGUCUCCGAGCUGCCGCUGCAGGGCGGCCCGCCCAGCGGCGCGCAGCCGGCCACGCUGAUCGUGCACGCCGAGGAGAUGCUGGGCUCCAAGGAGGAGGCGGUGCUGCAGUUCUGCGGCAGGAAGCUGGACAAAAAGGACUGGCUGUGGGGCAAGUCGGACCCGUACCUGGAGCUGUUCAAGUCGACCGAGGAGGGUCAGUGGGUGCUCGUCUCGCGCACGGAGGUGCUCAAACGGACGCUGAACCCCGACUGGCGGCCGGUGACCGUGUCGGUGGGCUCGCUGUGUAACGGCGACUACCAGCGCAACAUCCGCGCCGUCUGCUGGGACUGGAACGCCAGCGGCACGCCCGACCUCAUCGGCGAGUGCUUCUUCACGCUGCAGCAGCUGCGCGACGCCACCAAACCGGCCGCCUUCGACUGCAUCAACAAGGAGAAACAGGCGCGGAAGGGCUCCUCGUACCGAAACUCCGGCCAGAUCAUCCUGCAGAGCUGCCAGAUCCGCGUGCAGCACACGUUCCUGGACUACAUCCAGGGCGGCACCGAGCUGGCCUGCACCAUCGCUAUCGACUUCACAGCGUCCAACGGUAACCCCAUGCAGCCGGACUCGCUGCACUACCUGGGCCGGGACGCCGCCGGGCGCAUCAGCAACCCGUACGUGACGGCGCUACGGGCCGUCGGUAACAUCAUCCAGGACUACGACAGCGACAAACAGUUCCCCGUGCUCGGGUUCGGCGCGCGCGUGCCGCCGGCCGGCAUCGUCAGCCACGAGUUCUUCGUCAACAUCGGAGCCGAGACGCCGUUCUGCUACGGCAUCGAAGGGGUGGUGGCCGCCUACGAGCGCUGCCUGCCCCAGAUCCAGCUGUACGGACCGACCAACUUCGCCCCGGUGAUCCAGCACGUGGCAAACUUUGCCAGCCGGUACCGCGACGGCAGCCAGUACUUCAUCCUGCUCAUCAUCACCGACGGCGUCAUCACCGACAUGCCGCAGACCAAACAGGCGAUUGUGAGCGCCUCCAGCCUGCCGCUGUCCAUCAUUAUCGUGGGCGUGGGCGGCGCCGAGUUCGACGCCAUGGAGGAGCUGGACGGUGACGAGGUGCGUCUGACGGCCGGCGGCCGCGCCGCGCAGCGCGACAUCGUGCAAUUCGUGCCGCUGCGCCGGCUGUCGGGCGGCGACCCGGCCGCCGUCAGGACCCGGCUGGCGCGCGAGGUGCUGGCAGAGGUGCCGGCACAGUUCCUCGGCUACAUGCGCAGCGCCGGCAUCCAGCCGCAGCCGCCGCGCGCCGCGCCCGUUCCCCUGCCGCCCGACCCGCAGCUCGUCUGAGGCCGGUCGAACGGGGACCUGACCUGACCUGACCUGACGUGGAUAUUAUGGGCGCUCCCCGACCUCUGGGUGACCGGCAUCCCGUGUGUCCAGUGUGUCCGGCCUGUCCUGUCUGGUGUGCCCCUGGCUCCCCUUGUACCCACCCCACCCCACCCCGGGGGUUCCACGCCAGACUAGGGGCGGCGCUCGCCCGCUGGGCUGGACUGCUGUGUGCGUGUCUGUGUGCGUGUGGGCGGGGAGGCUGUCAAGUCGGGACUGCCGGCGGUCAGUUUAAGUCCCCGACCUGUCAGAUGUGCAUUUGGGUUUCCGUGGGUGAUGUACUUAGUAAUAUCGAAAUGUGAUGCAGCCAAGGGAUAUUGUUGAAGAGGCCAUAUAGCUGUUGUCCUGUGUGCUUAAUCAGACGAUUUUUACUUGUUUUAUUUUUGUCGUGGAUGAAUGCUGGCUGUGGUCCGAUUUGAAUGGGUUGUUGUUACGAUAUUUGUUUAAAUGUCAGCCUUUAUUAAUCUGGGAGGUACCGAUACUGUUCGCCACUGUCGCUCAAUUUGCAGCCGUUUCGCACAGCUCGCGCUGCCGUUUAUAAUUCGAGGGUCCAACACGCGUCUGCUGCGCACAGAUGUGACGUGCCUUAAUCACUUCAGUAGCUGCCCAACUGCCCGUGCCCCGGCGUGCUCCGCAGGUGACCUGCGAAGUCAGAUAAGAGCUCGCUAGCGGUAUGCCAUCCACCGUUUGUAGCCAAGUAGCUAGAUGAAGGGCCUAGGUCGGUCAGCAGGACCCCGUGGCGCUAUGCUCUCAGAUCAACCCGAGGGCAGUGGUGUCUUCGUGUGGCGUGCCUCAGAUGGGCCGGGCUCUCAGGGCACGCCGCCGCCGCUAAGGUCACUCACACCCUCCCUUUGCUGACGCCACAGGCUCAAAUACGCACCGAGCCUGCGCCCGAUGUGGUGUUGGUGUGCCAACCGUGGCCCCAAGUGAGAAGCCUUGCUGGUUUUUGCAACAGCUGAGCUUCGUUGUGAGGUUAAAUUUAGGUGUUGGUCGACCGAACAAUUCCUACCAGUGGCACACGUCUCUUUAUUGAGGCUGGCUACGCAGAACCCUGUGUUACAUAUGGUUGAGGUCGGAGUCAUUUCAUCUGAUGAAUUCCUUUUUGUGGAGCAUGAAAAUAGUCCAACUUCUAUCAAACUUGUCGGAUAAACUAGAAUUAUAUAUAGAAUAAAUUCGUAGUUGGUGAUUUCAGUUGAACCGUUUUUCCACAGCUCUGUGACUGGGCUUCUGCGCGUUUCCACGAGUUUCCAUCUAUAGCAUUAUUGCUGCGUCGUUCAAAUGUAUCCCGUUGCCGUCAUACAGGGGCGGUGGGUGACCCCGCGGGAUCUCCCUCACCUAAUUGUGAAGGGUAUGACGCAGCUCAGCUCCCUACCGGUACUAGCUGUAUUUAAUGGUGUGCAUCUGCUGCUGCUGGGAUGCGCUGGGGUGAAAGAAGCCUGUUGCCUUGUGGGGUACACACCGUGUCUGUGGGAGUAUAUGUCUGUUCGUAUCCCCACUUUUCAACACUACCCCAUGGUCAGUACAAUGUUGUGUGUACUUACAGCAUUUUGGUGUCUCGAUGUGCAAUAGGGCGUGCUUUGAUGGAUCGUUGCCGCUCGCGUGCCGUGUGUGAGCCCGCGGGUGUGCGUCCCGACCCAGCCCUCCCGGCCGGCCCGCCAGCCCUCUCGCUCCAGCCGGGCCCCGACGACGGACGGGUCGCCGCCGCCGGCCGCUGCAGCUGCCCGCGGUGAGCUCUGUGUACGCUUUGGCCGCUGCGGCGUCUGGGUGCUUCCUCCAACACUGCGAAUGUGUGAGCAGAGCUGUGAUUGACCUGUCCGCCAGCCUCAACCCGUUGACGUGCCGCAGCGCAGGCGGAGGCUGUUGUCAUGUCUCGUCAGAACGCUGACUGGUGUUAUGUGGGUACUGAGUUAAUCGGCUGCUAUCAUGUCUCGCCAUGGAGCGCUGUGAUCUGUCAGGACCGCGGGCUGCAGCUGCCCCUUCUCGGGGCGUCUGGCGGCGCUCUUUCGCACUUGCCUGUCUAACCACGUGACCAGUUACUCCCUAUUCCUCAUAUUCUUGAUUCACAUGUAUUUUGCUACUGCUUUUAACUGCGUCGACAUGCGCCACCCGCUCGCUGUGUCGCGGAGAUGAAUCGAACUCCGUGCGCUUUAACUGCCUGCCUGUCAUUACCGUGCCUAUUACAGUUCACCUCAGGGACUGUGGGGCAUCAGUGGGGUUUCUGUGAAAUACACAUCAACGAAUCAUA